AUUAAUGGCAAUCCACUUUUACUUGGUUGUCGCCCAAUCAAGACAAUUAGCAUUCCAUUUGAUACUUGAUUUAAGCUCUUGUUUGGUUCCAUAUGUCAAUCAAAGUGAAACGUCCGAGCGCAAUAAUAUUAGAUAUUGAAGGAACCACAACAUCGGUUGAGUUUGUCUCAAGAGUUUUAUUUCCUUACAUACGAACUCACCUGAAAAAAUAUUUAAACGAAUGUUGGGGCCAACGGCCAUUGAUGAUCACAAUUGAUCGUCUUCGAGAACAAAUUAAAAUUGAACAAGAUGGUGGUUCUCGUGUACCAAGAAUACUAAAUACUGGUGAAGGUGAAGAGGAAGAGAUUCGUCGAUCAGUCAUUGCCAACAUUUUAUGGCAAAUGGACGAGAAGAAAAACAAUGCUGCACUUAAACAACUCCAAAUACUUGUCUGGGUUUAUGGCUAUGAAAAGCAACAUAUUAAAGGACACGUAUUUGAUGAUGUACCUCCAGCUUUACACUCAUGGAAACGAGAACUCAACAUUAAACUGUAUUUAUAUUCAACUGGAAUGAUUGUGGUUCAACAGCUUCUUUUUUCUUGUUCAACACAUGGUAAUCUUUUACCGCUGAUAGAUGAUUUUUUUGAUGUUUUACUUGGUUCUAAACGGGAUUUUAAAAGCUUUAAGAAAAUUUCCACCAAAAUAGAAGAGGCAGAAGAUUCCAUUCUUUUUUUAACGGACAACGUCAAAGAAGCAAAAGCGGCAUUGCAAGCUGGAUGUAAAGCCUUAUUAGUAGUACGACCAGGGAACAAACCUUUGACUGAAAACGAGAAGACCGAAUUUAAAACUAUCAAGUCAUUUAAGGAUAUUAACAUUGUCUGACAUUAAUUUUGAUUCAUUGUUCAUUCCCUUUUGUGGUCCAUUUUCUUAUGUGAACUUUUUAAAUUGAAACAGCAAAAACUUAUCAAGUUUUCUAUAAAUUAAAUCUUGAUUAGCCAAAAAACAUUCAUUUGAAUAUUUUCGUAAAAAAUAAUCAUUAAAACUUAAUGCACAAA